AUGGCCAUCAACUAUCUCAUUCUGCUCUCUAGACAGGGCAAGGUCCGUCUAGCAAAGUGGUUCUCAACCUUGUCGCCCAAGGACAAGGCCAAGAUUGUCAAGGACGUCUCCCAACUUGUCCUCGCCCGGCGAACGAGAAUGUGCAACUUUCUGGAAUACAAGGACACCAAGAUUGUCUACCGCCGCUACGCCUCACUCUUUUUCAUCGCCGGCUGCGAUUCCGACGACAACGAGCUCAUCACCCUCGAGAUCAUCCACCGUUACGUCGAGCAGAUGGAUAAGUACUAUGGCAACGUUUGCGAGCUGGACAUUAUCUUCUCCUUUACCAAAGCCUACUACAUUCUGGACGAGCUCUUGCUGGCAGGAGAACUACAGGAGAGCAGCAAGAAGGCUGUGCUGCGGUGCAUAGGGCAGCAAGACUCGCUUGAGGACAUGGAGUUUCUUCCUAUACGGGACUUCGAUACCGUGACGUCGGCGUUGAACUUCACCACGCCCGACUUGCGCGUUAAUGGAGGAUGCGAUUUGUACACGACGAAAGCCGCUGGUUCGGACAGGAAAUUAUACAAGUCGAUUGAUCAGUCACUCGAGUCGAAACAUGCGGCACUACUCAAGUUUGGUGCGUCGCUGUCACCACCACAACGCGAACAAAUGGCGGCCUCAUUGAACCUGUCGCGCUCGAGUCCAUUUGGUCCCCUGUCAGACAUACAAAGUCGCAGGACCUUUGCCUACCUUAUCGCAACACUAAACGCGAGCCACCCUGACUACGACUUCUCGCAUGUACUGAGACCGUCCGAUUUCCGGCGUGAGCGCAACCUCAGGCGCGCGAUAGCGGCUUUUGAUAACACGCUCAACAAUGUGCGCCCGCCGUCGUUGUUGACGCCCGCUAUGAGCUCAUCGUUUCGGAAUUAUGGCAGUUCCCCGGCUGCUGCUGGCGCCACGGCGAUCAGCAGCCCCCCAUGGGGCCCUCAAAUGUGGGCCAUGAUAGAUAAGGAGAUGAAGCUAAAGGACUGUGUCUGUUUCUCCUAUCAACCCGCCACGGAUCCAUUCGAUGGGGAAGAAGCCGCCAUUUGGAGAAUGCACUAUUUCUUCUUCAACAAGGGCCUGAAGCGCGUGGCAUACAUGUAUGUAAGAGGCGUGCCGUCCAUUAUGCACUCGUCGCCCGCCCUGAAGCCCAACGGCAUGAGGCGAGGCAGCAGCUCCGUUCUUAGCCCAUCUCUAGUGUCAUCAAACGGUGCCAACAAGCGCGCCAACUACUGGUUGGGUGACAGCAUCGCCGACAGAGUUAUUGAGAGCGAUGGUGACAAUGACGAAGAUGACACGGAAAUGGAAAUCUGGGAUCCCGAUGAGGAUAUCGACUUUGACCCGCUCACUGCAGCAGAGUCGAAAGAAAACAGCGAGGACGAGUAUUUGCAAAGCGAAAGCGAAGAUGAGGACGAGGAUGACGAAAUGCGCCAAAGUCCUGUACGUGGCGUGAGCGAAGAUAUCGCCGCAAGGAUGGAAAUUGAGUAG